UACUGGUCAGUCCCUGGACGGCGGGCCAGGCAUUUCAAAGGGUGUGGGAGCUAAGAGGCCCUCCCCAGCCGCGCUCUCUAUCUCGGUGGCCCGCGCCUCCAGCGAAGCCGGGUACGAAUUGGAGUCUGGGUGGGAAGCAGACUUGAAUCUGGGAGAAACAGUUGCGGUGGAGGAAGAUAACAGAAAGCUUAAAUCCGGGACGAGGGGCGCAGUGUCUUGAGGUCGAGCCCUUUUUGCGCCACCCGAGCCCAGAGCGAGGCGUCCCUUUGGAAGGGGUGCAGCGGCCCCUCCGGCACCGACCUCCUCGCCCAGGGCCCCUUGCCCCAUCAGCAGGGUCAAGGAAGGGUCCCCAGCGGAGGACAGGGAUCUGCGGCCAUGGCCGAGGCAGCGGAGCUGGAGGGAGGGCCCCCAGGCCCCCAGGGGCCGCCCGAGGCCCCAGCGCCUGUGGCGGAGAGACCCGGUGUGCCGGCGGCCGCGGGCCGGGAGGCGGAGCGGGAGGAGGCCAGCGAGGGCGCCGCGGAGGCGCCGAGGGGCGAGGGGGCGGGCGCAGCCGCGACGGCCUCGGUGAACCGGGCAGAAAGCCCUGACCGGGACGGAGGGCGAGCGGGCGAGCGGGAGCCCGGCGCGGACGGUGGCCCGGCGGCCGAGACGCGGGGCGCGAGGGCGGCGCAGGGGGAGGCGGAGGCCGAGGAGGGCGCCCCGGGGUGCGCCGACGGCCCCCAGGGAGAGGAGGGGGCGAGCGGCGGGGAGCAGGCGGAGGACGCGAGCCCCGGGCGCGGCGCGCAGGGGGAGGCCGCGACGGAGGUUCAGGGGGAGCCCGGGGAGCCCGAGGCCCCCGGGGCGGAGGAGAAAGCGGAGCGAGGGCGGGGGGAACCGGGAGGCAGCGCGCCGGGGGCGCAGGGGCCCAGCAUAGACGCAGCGGGGCAGGCGGGAGGGGCGCACGGGACCCAGGGUGAACCCCGGGACGGAGGGGACCGCAGCCCCCAGCCCCAGGCCGAGGCCACGGAGGCCGCGGCGGCGGAGAUUGGCGGGUGUGGCCCCGAGGAGCUGGCGGGGGAGCCUCGGGAUGCAGCGGCGGGGCCUGCCGACGAGGCGGGGGCCCCGGGGACAGAGGAGUCGGAGGAAGCGGCCCCCGGGGACGCGAGGGCGGAAGCCGUCGAGGAAGGGGACCAGGGUGGACCCCAGAAGGAGAUGGAGGAGGCAGAGGAGGAGAGGCGAGAGCGCAGCCCGGAGGGGCCGGGCGAGGAGGAGCCCCCCGACAGCAGCAGCGCGCAUCCAGAGGCGGCCGCGCCGACCGGGGCCCCGGAGCCGGAGGCCGAGCUCAGCAACCACCUGGCGGAGGAGAGCAGCGUCGAGGGCGCGGACGAGACCGCGCGGGUGAACGGCCGCGGGGAGGACGGCGAGGCGUCCGAAGAGGGGGCCCCGAGACAGGAGCACGACAUCACCCUCUUCGUGAAGGCUGGCUACGAUGGCGAGAGUAUUGGGAAUUGCCCCUUUUCCCAGCGCCUUUUCAUGAUUCUCUGGCUAAAGGGCGUUAUAUUCAACGUGACCACAGUGGACCUGAAGAGGAAACCCGCAGACCUCCAGAACCUAGCCCCCGGAACAAACCCUCCCUUUAUGACUUUUGAUGGUGAAGUCAAGACGGAUGUGAAUAAGAUCGAGGAGUUCUUAGAGGAGAAAUUAGCUCCCCCGAGGUACCCUAAGCUGGGGACCCAACACCCUGAAUCUAACUCUGCAGGAAAUGACGUGUUUGCCAAAUUCUCGGCAUUUAUAAAAAACCCCAAGAAGGAUGCCAACGAGAUUUAUGAAAAGAACCUGUUAAAGGCUUUGAAGAAGCUGGAUGAUUACUUGAAUAGCCCUUUGCCUGAUGAAAUAGAUGCCUACAGCACUGAGGAUGUUGUUGUUUCUGGAAGGAAGUUCCUGGAUGGGGAUGAGCUCACGUUAGCCGACUGUAACCUCUUACCCAAGCUCCACAUUAUAAAGAUCGUGGCCAAGAGAUACAGAGAUUUUGAAUUUCCUUCUGAAAUGACUGGCAUCUGGAGAUACUUGAACAAUGCUUAUGCUAGGGACGAGUUCAUGAAUACGUGUCCAGCCGACCAGGAGAUUGAACGUGCAUAUUCAGAUGUUGCAAAAAGAAUGAAGUGAAGCUAGAGUGUUUUCUGUCUUAUUUCUCAGUGGUACGAGCUAGGCUGUGAUGAGAAUGUAUUCUUUGUGGGGCGCCUGGGUGGCUCAGUCGGUUGAGCGUCCGACUUCGGCUCAGGUCACGAUCUCACGGUUCGCGGGUCGGGCUCCGUGCUGACAGCUCGGAGCUUGGAGCCUGCUUCGGAUUCUGUGUCUCCCCCUCUCUCUCUGCUCCUCCCCCACUCACUCUCUGUCGGUCUCUCUCUCAAAAAUAAACAUUUACAAAAAUGAAAAAAAAAAGAAUG